UGCUAGUGCAUCUUGAUGCAUUGAUUGCUGGGCUUCGCUUCCCUCUUCAUCCGUUCGUUGUGGAGUUCCUGUGUCGGGUUUCUGUACUACCCGCUCAGUUCGUACCUAGUACCUACCGCAUCCUGACAGGCUUCAUAAUUCGAUGCCAGGAACUGAGGAUUGCUCCAAGUGUUGACUUAUAUCUACAUCACUACUGCUAUCAGCCUUAUUGGAUGACCGGGUAUCUGAAGCUGGUAGCCCGAUCUGAUCGUCAAUUGUUUACAGAUAAUCCUACCCUGUCGGCUGACUGGGAGGAGCGAUUUCUAUUCGUUCGGGUAGGUGAUUCUCUGCCAUUUCCGGAUCGGUGGAACGCCUAUCCCGUUCGGGAUUCUCAGCCCAGAGUAGAUGCCGUUCUACGCUCCAAAGCUGAAUCUCUGCGUAUGGGAGGAACUCGAAGUCUUCAGGAUUUUAUUACCCCUUCUAACAUGCUAUCUGCCGGGAUUGGUGUGAUACCCCCAUACCCGUUCGGCGUUCCAUAUCUGCCACUACUCUGACAGCUUCCUCCGGAAAGGGCAAGGAGAAGAUGAUUGCCGAUCAUGCAUCUGCUGAGCAGGCCCGAAAGAAACUGUUGGUCCCGGUUAUACUGGAUACAGUCUAGAGGGGGGGGGGGGUGAAUAGACUGUAUUGGUUUUUAGCUUUUUAAACUAAGUACCAGAUUUACAGAAUAGCCUGUUCUGUUGAAGGAAUAGACUGGCAGCGGAUGGGGUUCUGGUAGGGAGUUCUGUUAGCCUUAGAGGAGCAGAGGCAGUAGGCCUUCUGUUAACUCGUAGAACAAGUUCUGCUGAACACAGAUACCAAGUUCAAGGAGUUAUACAGUUCUAACUAAGUGCAAGUAUUAAAAGCAGUAAGUAAACGACACCAGGGAUUUUUAUAGUGGUUCAAGGAACAACUCAUUCCUCUAUUCCACUGUUCCACUAAGCUGUAAAAACUGCCGUUUACAAAGUCUUAGUCCUAGCACUUAAGAAGCACUCCACGUCUUCUUCAAGCCUAGA